AUGACAGGGCUUGGCUCAUCAUGUGGAGCAUGCAAGUUCCUAAGGAGAAAAUGCGCCACUGAUUGUGUAUUCGCUCCUUACUUCUCCUACGACCAAGCCUCAACCCAUUUUGCAGCAGUGCACAAAAUUUACGGUGCUAGUAACGUCUCCAGGCUAUUGUCACAUCUUCCAAUCCAGAAUAGAAGUGAUGCUGCCAUCACCAUUUCUUAUGAAGCCUUGGCUCGCAUGCAGGAUCCUAUAUAUGGCUGUGUUGCUCAUAUCUAUGCAUUGCAGCAACAGGUUGCCAGCUUACAAGAGGAGAUAGAUACUCUUGGUAGUCUAAUGACAAAUUCCACAAUCAGUGUUGUCAAUUGUGACAGUGUCCAAGCACCAAAGACAAUAAGAAGUGCCACAGUUUACCAAAGUUUUGACUCACAGAUGGAUAUGGAGCUUCCUAGUGCACACGUGGAAGAACCUUCAUUUGGUGAUUCCUACUACAAUAAUCCGUUAGAACAGUUCCUAUCUGGAAUUGACCAAGAGGUCUUCAUGAAUCAUCCAUGGUUCAAGCAUAAUGCAGACAUAAAGAACUAG